GAGGGUGCAUCACUUCACCACGAAACCCCACUUGUCUCUGCAUCUUUUAGAGCGAGAAACAAAAAGCACCGAAACCAUAUUCAAACUCUGCAGUUAAAGCUAGAGAGAGAUAGAGAGAGAGAGAGAGGAAGUGCAGUGUUACAGAUGCUCAGGGAAUGGGGAAAUCUGAUGAGCGGCAACUGCCACUGCAUCAGCAACAGCAGGGGGGUCGGAAUGGGUCCGGCGAGGGCGGGCUUUCCAGAAUCUUCUGCUGCUGUUGCGAGGGAUGUCCGGUGGGCGUUUCUAGAAUCUUCCGUGGGUUUAAUUUCAAGUGCGUGUUUGUCUUGCUGCUGAGUGUCGCCGUUUUACUGUCCGCCGUGUUUUGGGUCUUCCCACGCCGCUCUAACCAGUCCGGGUUUGAUGCAAAAGAGGCAAUCAAGCUCAGCUCUACUGUUCAAGCAUACUUCAGGCUGGAGAAACCAGUUUCAGAUCUUGUUCCUAACAUUGCUAGACUAGAAUAUGAUAUUUAUGGGGAGAUAGGAGUUCCAUCCACAAAGGUUGCAAUUUUAUCCAUCCAUCAGGCAGAUUUAUCUAACCGGAGUGAUGUUAUAUUCGGCGUCCUUUCUGAUCCAAUUGAUUCAUCUAUAAACCAGCUGUCCUUAGAUUUGCUGAAAAUGUCUUUUAUAGAUAUCUUUCUUCAACAAGCCAAUUUGACACUGACUACCUCAAUCUUCGGACAACCAUUUUCUUUUGAGAUUUUGAAAUUUCCUGAUGGAAUCACUAUAAUACCUGAGCCCCGAUCUACAUUCUGGGACAUGCCCCAGAACCUCUUCAACUUUACACUAUAUAAUUCCAUUGAACAAAUAAAGUCGAAUUUUGCGGUGUUAAAGGAGCAGCUGAAGUCUGGUUUACAUCUCAGGCCAUAUGAGGACAUUUUUGUAAUGGUCAAAAACAAUAUUGGUUCUACAAGAGAUCCCCCUGUUACAAUUGAAGUUUCUGCUGUUACUGAUGUUGACGUUCUACCACCAGAAAGAUUGAAACAAUUGGCUCGAAUAAUCACUGAUUCCCCUCCCUCCGCAAAUCUUGGCCUUGAUAACUCUGUUUUUGGUAAAGUUAAGCAAAUAAGUUUGUCUUCCUUUCUAAGUCAUUCAAUUCAGGCUGUGCCACCAACUGCUGCCCCAGCUUCAGCUCCAUCUCCAUCUCCAGUACAAUAUGAUCCUUUACGAGCCUCUUCUCCAUCUCCCUCGCCUAAUUCUUAUGAAUCGUCACCUUGUGUUGAUGCUUAUACUUCACCACCAUCUUAUACUCCCGGUGAAGAACGGGGGCACCCUCCAUCCCACGUCACUGCUUCACCAGUGCCUUCACAGUCACAUGUUUCCCCUCAUAGAUUGGGAAAUCCACCAUGUGGUCCGAGCCCAUCACCGGCUGCUCAUGCCAUGCCAAAUAUGUCCCCUGGUCUUUCUCCGCUGGCUGCUGUAUCAUAUUACCCCAGUGGGGACAGUGAAGAAUUGAUUGAAAAAGGUUUUGUGUCGGCAUCACAAGUUUCUUCAGGAUUCUCUUUGUCUCCAUCAUCUCGUGUUUUCUACAAGGAGAUACACGCCCUCUACUUAAAUGGAUUCUUGACGAUCCUUCUUUGUUGGAUAUGGUGACACGUGUGGCUUCAUAACAUCGCGAUUUGGCUCGAGUAGGACGAUAGUGACUGGGACAGGAACAUUAAAUGCAUAUCGUAAGUGUAUAAAAGCGUGCAUAUAUGAAGAAGUUGCGGGCCGAUGCCAAAGGUGACUGGCCUCUGUUUCACUCCAUGACACAAAAAUGUAAUUUGCCCAAAGCAGAUUUUCAUCAAGAUAAGUAAAACUGAGAUAGUUCUAUUUGACCAUCUGCAAUGUGAGCAAAUGCCAAUAUAUGUCAAUGAUGCACAUAUGCUAACCAGAUCCUGAAAAUAUAUGUAUAUUUUGCAGAAAGAGUUACAGUAUGCCAUAUUUGUGGCAUUAUAUACAAAUGCAUAGUUUAUUCAAGGGGAAAAA